CACACACCCGAAUGAAUAACUGCAUGUAUGACACUCGCUGAAUUUUCCCAGAUCAUGAGGUAACAGGAGGAAAUGAUGAAGUUUCGUGGUCUUGUUUUGGCUGCUUUGUUCGUACGAUGUUUUGCCAGCGAAAACACCUUCAGCGUCCACGAUGACCUCUUCGCUUUCCCACAGUAUUCUGUCGAAUUCGCAGACUCAUACAUACUAGAAGCCGAUGCCGUAGCCUACCUCGCCAACGAUGGGACCAAGCAGACUGGACACGACGAAGUGCCCUCGAAGCUGAACUACAACAACUUUGGAUCAGAUACCACGGGGGAAGACGCCAACCCAGUGGGCACCUACGAACGUCUGCUCCUCCAGGGUUACCCGCACCUCUGCUUCAUCCCAGAAGCCAAACCUAGCAUCGAAAAUGCAACCAAAGAAGAGCCCUCUGCCACGGACCGCGAGAAAGAGCUGGAUCGUGCAGUCAGUCGAGGAUCGGAGCUGCUGCAGGGCAUGGCAUCAAACCAGUGCCUGUACUACUCUACCGGCUGGUGGACGUAUUCAUUCUGCUACAACGCGCAAGUGACGCAAUUCCAUGCCCUGCCGCCGGGGACGAACGGUCGCGUGUGGCCUCCUCAAGAGGACCCUACUGUUCCAAGCUUCGUCCUGGGCCGGUUUGAAGGAGCACCAAAAGCGAACAAAAAGGCGGCCGCGGAGGGAAAGAUCUCCUCUUCGGAGCGGACAAUAUCCACAGAGGUCCAGACACAAGCAGAGACAAACUACCUUGUCCAACGCCUCGAAGGGGGAUCGCCAUGUGACCUGACGGGCAACAAUCGCAAGAUCGAGAUUCAAUUCCACUGCAACCCACAGCUCACGGACCGCAUCGGCUGGAUUAAAGAGACGGCGACAUGCGCGUACUUGAUGAUUGUCUAUACGCCGCGACUUUGCAACGACGUAGCCUUCCAACCCCCCAAGGAGAGUCGAGCACAUCCCAUUACGUGCACGGAGAUCAUAUCAGAAGGUGGAGUCGAGUCGUGGGAAGCCCGUGGCGAGGAGCUAAGUUCAACCAGCCAGACACUCGAAGAACAGGGGCAGCAGUCUCAACAACAGAUUGUCCUCGGCAAUGUCGAAGUCGGGGCAAUGAAAUAUAUUGGCCGCGAGGGCAAGAAGCUCGAACGGGGGCGCAUUGUGCUCACCCAGGACGAAAAGGCAGAUAUCCUCAUCAUGCAGAAGAAUGGACAAGUCUCAAGUCUGUCGGCGGCAGACAUGAAAAAGCUCGACAUCAGUCCCGAGGAGGUCGAAUCGUUCCGUAUAGAACUUCAAAAGAUGGCGGGCACAAAGGACUGGAAGAUUGAACGACUCGACGAUGUCAAUGGUAACAUUCAACUACGAGGUGUCGUUGCCUCGGACGACGAGGACGAGGUUGAGACUACAAAGGACGCCAAAUCAGACGAACCCAACAAACAAAAAGAAGAAGAUGAACAAGAUGCAGCCGGCAGUCAAGAAGAAUAUAAAGGAGAAUUGUGAUCGACCAAUUAUUCGCUUUGUGGUAGACCAUUGUCACCGUUACCUCCCUCCUUGAUCAGUAUCAACCCGAAGAUUAAGUCGCGCUGUCAUGAUGUCCCAACGAUCAUCUAUCCAAAUGGCCACUCGCUAUUGUAUCAAUUGCCAGUCAGCACUUGAACCGGUCAAAGCUACCAAGACAGAAACAAUCCACUCUUCUGUCUCACAGCGCUGGAACAAGUGUCAGCGACAUGCCGGGAGCCAUACUCGGAAGCAACAGGCAAAUGACAAGGCCGAUGCGCAUUAUCGAUGGCCAAACAUCUUGCGCGCUUCUACUUCUGUUCAACUCAGGCAAACAAAAUCUGCCCCAUCGGACAGCCCAGGAGGAUCGUUCCCUGUGUACUCAGACUGAGACGAGAGGAUCACCUCCAGACGUGUCUGGCGAGAUGGCUGACCAAUUCCUCCAUCCCGCGGACUUGGCCCCGGUCGAAUACCCGCACCUGUGUCUGGACCUUGCAGACGGGGUGGAAAACGUACAAGACACCCAUCAUGGGGCGCCAGUACUCCCUGCGUUAUGUUUAAUACCUACCCGAGGUAUGUCUCGCGGAUAGUGUCGACGUUGGUGCUUUCCCUCGGCCGUCAAUCCUCGCUCUCUCUUCCAAAACAGAAUGAAACGAGCUCUUGAGAAAGUCCAAUGAUAUAUUCUUGAUUGGUGGAACAAAAAUCAAGAUGGCAGAGGACCACCGUCGUAAUCCAAGAUCAAUCUCAAUUUCAAUUUUGUGCAAUAUGAAUAUCGUGAAUCCGAUCCAAAACUUCACAUAAAAGCUAAGCCAGC